AGUGACCCUGUUAGUCAAUGAUUAUUGUAGUAGUUUUAUUUUUCGUUGACGGGACUUGAUUGUGCUUUUACUUCGAAUUCAAGAAGAGAUCAAAUUCUAGAAUAAUUGGGAAGAUAAAAUUCAAAAAAAUGGAAAAAUUAUCCAGCACUUUGAUAACAAAGAAAAAGAAUGAUAAAAUGCGAAUAAACCAUGAUGCUCUUCGUAAUGUCUUGAUAAGACCUGAGAUCGGUGAUCGCCCUGUGGCAAUAAUAUCAGUAGCUGGGCGAAUGAGAACUGGCAAAUCAUUUUUGCUGAAUUUUAUUAUAAGAUAUCUUCGUGCUGAAGGGUGGAAUGAUUCCAGUUGGAUAGGCAGUGAUGAUACAACUAAUUGUGGCUUUGUCUGGAAACAAGGUAAAGAUCAAAUGACAAUCGGAAUUGAAAUAUGGAACGAGGUAUUCUAUGUCCCCCAGCCUAAUGGCGGACAAGAGCUGGCUGUUCUUCUUAUGGACACUCAAGGACUCUUCGAUCAAUCAACGCCAGAAGAUGUGAAUAUUUCGCUUCUCACGCUGAGCACACUAAUUAGCUCUGUUCAAAUUUAUAAUGGCUCAAGUAAUCUGGACACUCGGAAUAUGGCAUAUUUGAAGACUUGCGUCGAUUUUGCUUUGGCGACAGCACAAGUAAAUGAACCGUUUUUCAAGCUCCAGACAAUAAACUUUUUGGUUCGAGACGCCGAAGAGGAAAGUGGGGUCGAAGAAAGCUUUGGCUACGAAUCUGGUGGUAAAUAUUUACGGAGCAUUCUCGAGUCCCAAGAAGGCGGCAAAGAUAAUAUCAGAGUAAGAAAAGGAUUGAAAAGAAGUUUCAGCAAAGUAGAUUGCUUUCUUCUUCCUCAUCCCGGACUGAAGGCCAAAAAAAACGGUUUCAAAGGAAAGAAUGAAGAACUCGAAGAAGAUUUCAAAACAUAUGUGAAAGUGUUCGUUGAAGGAGUUGCAAGUCCACAAUGUCUGCAUCCUAAAAUUUCCAAGUCGAGAAACAAUAUGACAGCACGCGAAAUAUGUAACAUGAUGGCUGCUUGCGAUAAACUAUUCGCACAGGGAAUGUAUAAGGCAGAAAAUUUAGUAGAGGCCAACAUUCGUGUUCAUUUUUCCACGGAAUGCGAAGAAGCGUUUCUGCAAUACAAGAGGGCCAUGGAGCAAUCUGUCGAUAUUUCUAAAUAUGUCGAAGAAAGCAAGAUUAUUGAGCAGCACGAAGUGGCAAAGAGCAUAGCGAUGCAGAGAUACAAACAAACGCAAAAUAUGGGGGAUGGAAGAUUGCGGCUAGAUUAUAAAGCAUAUCUUGAAUCAAAGUGUGAGACACACCUUGAAGAGUUAAAAAUCAAAAACAGAAUCAAUAAGGAAAAGUGGGAAUUGAAAGUUGAUCGAAAUACAGAAGAAGCAAUACGGCAAUUUGAGUUUGCAAUGAAUGAGUUCACAAGUAGCGGUGUUUUUGAGACAAAGCGUGUGAUCAAUUGUCAUAGAGAGCAAAUCGAAAAAAUACGCAAAAAACGUGUCUACAAAAUUAACGAAGAAAAACUGAAAGUUGAGACAGAUAAACGUCUGGACCAGAUAAUAGCCAUCAAUAAAGAGAAUAAGGAAAUAGAAGAACGCAACAAGAGGGAUGAAGAAUCAACAAAAAAGUACAAUCUGGCGCUGCGUCUCUCUCAUCAGUGCGCAAGAGAAUGGAGCAAGGUUCUGUCAGAGUGCCAAACGGAACAAGAAAUGGAAGACCAUGCAGCACGGAUAGAAAAUUUACUUUGGAAAAAAUAUUGGAAGCAAUUUCUGACAAAUACUGAACGCAAGUAUAUCGACAUGCUUAGGACCAAAGUCGAGGAGGAAUUUAAGAAAGCACUAGACGCAAGGGGCAAUCAAUAUGUAUAUAUGAAACCGGUAUCAAAACCCCGCCAAUCACGCACGGAUGAGCCUGAACCAACAUUCGACAACGAAGUAGAAAGAAUGCGUAAGAAGCAAGAACAACGAGAGUCAGAGUUGCCUAGGAGUGAAAGACCCUUCUACAGACUUGUAAAUGAACUAAUCGAAGGUUAUGCUAAGAAGUUACAAAACAACUUGGAUAUCAACACCCCAUCUGACAUGAUGAAAAUCAUACACGACACGGCCCGAAGCAACCUGGAAUCCGAGUACUUGAGUAAAAUGUGCAGUCACGUAUUGGAUUGCUGGAAACAAUUGAAAGAUAUCAUGGCUCAUAAGUACAAGGAAGCCCUUGAACGCAACGAAGAAAAUUUGAAACAUGGAGAAAGAAAAAUACAACAUUUAAUUUCCGAAAUGAUAUGGGAAGAAGAAGAAAGACUACAAGAGAUAAUGGUGGACCGCUGCAUCCACAGCGAGGAACUAACAAAGCAUUACAAAGAUAUACAAGAAAGGUUUCUGGAGAUUAUGAUGACUGCAGAAGUAAAGCUCAUGUUUACGUCUUCCGGAAAACACUCAAUUGAGGCAUUGGUCAACAGAAGAUUGGAGAAGUCUAAGGAAAAAAUGUAUCAGCUAAAUGAAGCAGCCAAACAACGCCAUCACGUAGAAACCGAGUUUAUAGAAAAGAAGAGGAAAUCGUGGUGGAAAAGGGUUUCAAAAUUUUUCACCGCAAAAAAGGGGGAAUUUGAAUUCUCAGAUCCGUUAGAAUAGGCUUUCCCUUAUGCUCAUUCGUUAGCCAUCUGUUACUUCUCUUAUUGAUAACUUGAUUGGCUAGCUUGUGAAAUAUGUAAGCAAUUCACGCACAAGCAAUUAUUGGUCACAUGAACGUGAAGUUAAAAUCUCAAAACGGCACAAAUGUGUUCCGUUUGCCUUAUCCUUGAUUUUCUGUUCUAGCUUUUUUGUUUUCUAACGAUUAUCUAUACUUAAUUGAUUCUAUGUUUAUAACACUACUAUAUAAAUUUAUUAUUACAAUGAGAUUGCCUGCGUUAUGUUAUUCCUUCGGACUUCAAUUAUAUAUAGUAUAAUUGAACGCCAUUCAUACACUUUCAUCCGAUCUAGGAUUCUCGCUAAUGCUAAAAGUCCUAUGUACUAAUUACUUAUUUACUCACUAGUUUAUAAAUAACGCUAUAGUGAUAUUUUGAUGCUAAUGGUACAUUUUUCGAAUUUCUCUUUUAAGUUGACCACGCUCGCCACCAACUAUCGUUAACAGUUAGUAAAUUCAAACUGUUUCUGGCGGUCGCUAUUUAAAAUCAUUUUGUACGUGCAUUGUAAACGGUUCUCAACAUCAUUUCCGGUCUUAAUUGAAACGGCCAGCGUGGUGGGGCCCUAAGAAAAAUACAAUAGGCCUACAGUUUGCGAAAACCCGCUUUUGGACUAUCGCGAUAAUCAGUUCUUGUUUUAUACGUUGAACGACCGCAGAACUUGGGAAACAUGUACCCGUAGCUAACGGCGUUACAUUUGGUUUUUCAGAACUAAUAUAUUAGAUUGCAUUCCUUGUUAUGAAUUUCGUAGUCGCGUUCAUGGCGCACUUCUUUACUGUAUUUCGGAUCGUUUGAUAUUAAAUUAUGAUAUUUGCAUGUCUACAGAGGGUGUCUCCAAAAUAUCGUGUCCCACUUGUACCACGUGUCCUACUUGUGCCAUGUGUCCCACAAGUCUCAUAUUUCUUACGUUGUAUCACUUGUCCUAGAGUUGUGAAAAUUAACGUAUAUAUUAACUAUACCUGAUUUAACUAUUGUUAUAAAUAUUUAUAAUAAAUGUUUUUAGAUUAAAUUUUUUAAUGGGGAUACAUACAUUAACGAUAUACCGAUACCGCUUUUAUCGCCGAUAUCGGUACUGAUUAGGGUUGCCAACUUUGUGUUAAACUAUUCCGGGACACCUUAAUGUCUAGAAUUUGAAAAUCGAUGCAACAGAAGCUUGUGAAACAGGAAGCACGUCAAAAGCAACAGUGCGCGCAGCGCGUCGUGAAGCGUUAUUUUCACAACUGUAAAUAAUUUUAUCAUAAUCAAAGAAACUUGUGAAAUGUUGACUCUUUGACACAUAAAUGCAAAAAAAAAUAAAACAGAGGAAAUGUACAAUUUGUGCUAAGUAGAUUGAAUUAUUUAACAAAAAACACAAUAAAUCAGUCUUUCUGGUAUUUCAAUUUGUAUUUUUUAUUGUGAUUUCGCCGCUUUAAGAAGAUCUUCGUUAGUUUUA